UUCCUUAUGAAGUUGAUUCAAAAUAAAAAUGUUCUAAACGAAUAAAAUCUUGAAAGGAUACGCAAGUUUUCAAAGCCGGAUAAUUACACAUUUUUUUUUUAAUUUCGAAAACUUAUUGUGAUAAUUUCGAGUACUAUGUGGCUUCAAGUAUAAGUAAUUACGAAAACGGUUAUAUAAUGUAGAUACAGGAAAUACUUAUUAAUCUCAUCAAUUAUAAUCUGGUAAAAAGUAUUUAAUAUACUUAAAUCUUAUUGACGUUUGAAAAAUAUUACUGUUUUGGCUAUUCAAUUUUUUUACCUCACAUUAUUAAGCUUUACGAACGAAUUUAGAAACUAGAAAAAAAGUUUGAUUUAAUGAAGCCAAUGAAACAAUGAGUCUUAUUUCAGUGUAUAAAAACAAAGAACAUUAUUGAUACAAAAUUAGUUUAAAAGCAUAAACGAAGCAUGGAUUCACAAUACUCAUUUGCAACUGAUACAGACGAGAAUUACGAAGUGUUGAAAAGAUAUGAUAGUAUAAAAUUAUCACCAGUGAACAAUGCAUCAUUAAGAGAUGAUAAAAGUAAUGCAAGCAAAAGUGACAUGUAUAUAACCCCCGUGUUAGACAAAGCACAAUCACGUGAAAUAGAAUUAAUAGAAAAACGCCCAGCAAAACAUCAAUCAUCAAAUUCGGAUAUUAUAAUUGGAGGCUACCUAUCUUUUCCAUCGGCAGAGAUAGGCACAAGCGAAAAUACUUUUAAUGACCUUGCAUCAUUAGCAAGCAAAGUAAACACGUAUGAGGAGUUGAAUAAGUCCGCAGCAGACACAAGAGAUGAUGACGUGUACGCAACAAUAAACAACGAAAACGUUUUGGAUAGUGAAAACUCGAACCUAGCUAACUCUAUUAGGCAAAGGCCGUAUAAGCGAACAAAGACUCGACCAAAUGAUGGAAAUGGACAAAGGCGGAAAUGCGGGAAAAGGAUUUUUGUUGUGGGACUUGUUGUAAUGUUAGUGAUAAUCACAAUUUCAUCAGUGGCUACUACAAUUUUUAUUUUUACGUCAAAAGAUCAAGGACAUUCUGCAACAGGGAAUGACGUAACAUCCGUCGAGUCUAGUAAUACGGGUUUGACCGAUUCAAUAUCAACAAAGCCCUUCUCGACGUCGAUCCCAACAACAUCAACAACUAAGUUAGCCCCAGAACGUACAGGAUCCGUAUCAUUUACACAGACUAUGUAUAUAUUUCACGAGGGUGGGACUGAACAUAUUACCUGCGAAGUGAAAGAUUAUCUGCACUGGCAAACAAUUACAUUAGCAAAAGAAUAUCAAGAUGAUCGUGGUCUCAUCACUACAAUUUUUAUGAUCUCUAAUACCUCUGGAUCCGUUACUUAUUCAAAACUGGAUACCAACUACACUGUCAACUAUACGCUGGAAGAUGAUGGAGUUUCCAUUUCACUGAAAUUCAGAAUCGUUACCUGUGACAAUGAAGGGCUGUAUACAUGUGCUGCCAUCGAAGGUGACCCUCAAAAUGUUACAGUAAACAAGUCCUCUAGCACAAUCGUAAAUAUCUCAUGCAUAGACUGUGGAUUUCAUGAACUUAUCACUAACACGUACGUGGUGGACCAAAAUGGAAAAACAACAUUUAAUUCGUCACUGUCUGUUACAUGCGUAGACGGUUUAGAACUUACGAAUGUAUCGGUGAAUGUGGUGACCUGUGAAGCUGAUGGAAGUUGGCACGGAGAACCAGACUGUGCAAUUCCUGGAUCCGUAUCAUUUACACAAACUGUGUAUACAUUUGAUGAGGGAGACACUGGACGUAUUACCUGCGAAGUGAAAGAUAAUCCACGCUGGCAAACAGUAUUAUUAGCAAAAGAAUAUCAAGACGAUAGUGGGCUCAUCACUCCUAUUUUUAUGAUCUCUAAUGCCACUGGAUCCGUUACUUAUUCAACACUGGAUAUCAGCUACACUGUCGACUAUACGGUAAAAAAGGACAGAGUUUCGAUUUUACUGAAAUCCAAAACCGUUACUUGCGACAAUGAAGGGCUGUAUACAUGUGCUGCCGUUGUAGGUAAUCCUCAAAAUGCAACUAAAAUGAAGUCCGCUAGCACUGUCAUACAUAUAUCCUGUACAGACUGUGGAAUUUAUGAGCCUAUCAGUAACGAGUAUAUGGUAGACCAGAAUGGAAAAACAACGUACAAUUCAUCAUUGUCUGUGACUUGCAUGGACGGCCUAGAACUUACAAAUGAAUCGGUCAAAGUUGUGACGUGCAAAGCUGAUGGAAAAUGGCACGGUGUACCGGACUGCAAAAUUCCUGGGUCACUUUCAUUUACGGCAAACAGCUAUGCGUUCAAAGAGGGGACAUCCAGUAAUGUUACCUGUGAAAUGAAGGAUAACUCAAACUGGAAAACACUACUCAUUGGAAAGAUUGAUGAUAGAAAUGGUGACUCUGUCAGUCAGAUAUUUACGAUCUCCAAUGUAACUGGCUCUGUCGUAUAUUCUACCUUAGAUAACAACUAUAAUGCAAGCUACACACUAAAUAAAGAUGGUGCUUCGAUUUCACUGGAAUUUGACCCUGUGACAUGUGCCAGUGAAGGGAGAUACAUGUGUGCUGCAAUUGUAGAUGAACUGAAAAGUCCACUAGAAAUCAAUAAUAUCAGCACAACAGUUAAUAUAUCAACCGAGUCAAAAAUUCCAGAAAUAACCGUCCCGGACAAAAUAUACCUUGGUCGAGAAGCAAAAGUUAAGUGCACUGGUCUUAUUGGAAAAGGAAAAUCUGGUCUAAUUGAAGGACGACUUAUGCUUGAAACCAAUUUUGGGGAAAAUGGUAGCAAUGUAACUUACAACGGAUCAGAUACUCCGGAAGAGGUUGGUUGUUACUUCAAAGACUCGAUUUCAGUAAAGAUACCUACGACAACAGACACUUCAGACCUAUGGACACAGUGUGUGAUUCGACCUCUGCAUGGAAAUGACCUUUUGUCUGAAAAGAAGGAAAUUCAAAUUCUUACAUCUUUUGUUGUAUUUGGGAACUCCUCGUACAUAUUCAAUAUUGGCGAAAAAGCAUCGAUUACAUGUGACGUCCAGCAUAUGCCGGACUGGAAACGAAUAGAGAUAAGAAGGUCCGACGGAGAAGUUGUUAUUGGCGUAAAUAGUGCCGAUCAAUUACCAGACUCGAAUGGACCCCAUAUAAGAUUGGUGGCGGAUGAAAGCAAUUUUGCUAAUGAUGCAGCUACAUUAGAUGUUGUUUUCGACACCGUGAUGUGCAGUGAUGCAAUGGGAGAGGUGGGAGAUAUUAAUUACACGUGCGCAGUUAUGACUAGCAAUUUAACAACAGAGGAUCUCACUACAGUGAUAUAUCAAAGGAAACCGGAAGUGCCUAUUCUAGAAAUGUCACGGGAAAUAAUCGAAAACAAAUUCACGUUAGGGGACAGACUCUUUUACUGUAAGGGUGAUGUAGGAGACCCACCAGGGACUAUAGAAGUACAAAGUAAUUUUAAUGGAUCAUAUGAAACCUUCUUGGCACCAUUGCCUGGGAUUGAUAAUAAUACAAUUGGUUGGAUAGUAAGCAAUAAACCAGAUUCUUCCGAGUGUAAGAAUUACAAAACAAUAGGUUUCGCGUUUCACAAUGUAACCAUGGAUAUGCAGUACAAACGCUUAAGAUGCACAAUACAUCCUUCUGAUAAACUUACGGCCACCAUGGACGACUUGUUUGAUGAGAAACCAAUUAAUAUUGUUUCAGACGACAUAUGUGUUGGGAAAGCUGGCUAUGUAUCACAUCCAUACUUCUGUCAUCUCUUUGUGGAAUGUGAUAAAACGACAGAUGGUCACAUUGUUGGAGUUCCUGUGGGUUGCAGUGAAAGUGAAAAUGAAUGUUUUGACGAUGAGGUUGUCGAUGGCAAUCCUUGUGUGGAAUGUUCCUCUGUGGGCGGCUGCAACAUAACAGGUAUCAAGUGCGACAAAACAUACGCAGCCACAUACAAGGGGGAAAAUAUUUCAUUCACUUGUGAUACCAAAGACUUUGGUGAAGUUACACAUAUUUCAGUGAACAGUCACGCCGCAGCGGUAGUAAACGUGACAGGGAUGAUGAUACCAGUAAUCAAAUAUGUAGAUGUCAAAGUCAGCGAAGGUUCUGUCAGCCUCAGUUUUUCAAACGUAUCAUGUAACCAGGAAGGAGAAUACGUAAUCAGACUAAAUAGUCAAACAGACAUUACACAUUCUUUGGUUGUUAUUUCUCCUGCGUCUGAACCAAGCCUAAAUAAGCCAUCAAAAGUAAGACUAAAUGAGAGACUUGCAAUUAGUUGCAGUGGAGAUAUUGGUAGGGAUCAAUACGGAAACGCGGCAACGCACAUGUUUCUGGAAGUCAAAUUUGAGAACGAAUCCAUGUUUUCUAUUUACAACGAAAGCGUAGAACAAGAUCCGGCGGUCCUAGAAAACUGUCGGUAUACACAAACCGUUCGUUUGAUCUUCUAUCCUGAUGUUGGCUGGAACAAUUCUGAGGUCAGAUGUGCUGCUCGUAACGAAACUAAUGUGGUUCAGUCAUCAACAAUACAAUCCAUUAAAAUUGAUGGCCCCAAUACGUAUUUCGAAACUUCAAACUUAACAGGAGUCGUAGGUGAAUCUGUGAUACUCACAUGUAUUGUGGACGGCGUGGACGGUCUUACUGGCAUAACCAUCACGAAAGGAACAGAUAGAGCUAUUGUAGUAUCAUACCCAGGAAAUUAUAACAGCGAGAGUGUCACAGUUGUAACUGAAAAGAGUAAUCUGAAUUAUUCUUCCGGAGUUUUGAUAAUCAAUAUGACAGUUCAGUGUGGAGAUGACGGCGACUACUUCUGCACACCGAGUGGUUUAGGGAACCCUUCAGAAGCUGGUUCCGUUUUAUCUCUACAUUGGAAAGCCCUCGCACCAGUACUAGAUCCAUCAAGUGACAUGGUUGAAAACUCUGAUCCCUGGGUUGGGAUUGGAUUUGAAACUGUAUGUACCGGCGAACUCGGCUCUCAAAAUGCAUCUGUAUAUCUAGAAUCAAAUGCAGACGGACGGUUUAAGAAAAUUGAAUUACCGAUUUCUUCAGAAUAUAAGUUAAAUGAGUGUUCAAACUUUGCCACUAUAAAGUUUAACAACAAGUAUACAGCAGAUUGGAAUGGAACAGUUAUAAAAUGUGUUAUUGAAACGGAAGAGGAAAAGCUGAUGGAUGCCGAAUACGUUACAGUUGUUCCAGAAACGUUCUGUAAUGGUCAUGCAAAUGGUUUUCGAAUUCCUCAUCCAUUUGAUUGUCGAGCUUGGUUUAUGUGCGGAGGAAACAGAAAUAUUACUGCAUUUAGACCUAACAAAGACUGUCAAGUAGAUGAGUGCCUCGAUGAUUUAGACACGUUCAAAUGUAUUCCUUGUGACAGCGUUGGCAUAUGUCGACGGGAUCCAUUAGAGAAGGAGGAUAGUACUCCAACAAAUAUAUAUUUCACGAGCGAAUCUGAAACGGUACAGAUAGGUAACAGACUACAAGUUGAAUGCGUUCUUGAAGGCAGCUCGGCAGACUGGGGAGCAAUUCUAACUAGAAACUCAAAGGUAUUAGGCGAGGAACAUGUAUGCAAUGUCAGCAGUAGUGGCAUUGGCACAUGUAAUUUUAUGAAUAUAAAUGGCAUAGGAACAACAGAUGCAAACAACAGCCUGACAGCAGCUGUUACAAUCAACCCGGUUAAGUGUGAAGAUGAAGGAACAUAUUACUGCAAAUCUGUCUCUGACAGUUCUCUCCAAGCGUCAUUUACAUUAUCAGUGAUAAAGCCACCGAGUGGAGGAGUUCUGCUGUCACUUCCUAAGAGGAUGGUUUUAGGUCAAAUAGAAUUCAAUGAAAAAGUGACAUGUCAGGCAAAUGUCGGCUACCCGGCAGGUGAAAUUCGCAUUGAGUAUAGUAAUAACAAUUUCGAAUCGUACAACACAUACAGUCUUGGAAAUGCAGAACCACAAACAGACUCAGUAAAGGAAUGUUCUGUCAACAAAACAGUUGCCUACAAAGAACAUACCUUCACGGAAUCUUGGAAUAACACAGAUAUACGAUGUGCAGUCUAUAAUCACACUGACAUCACCGAACCAGCUUUAGUUUCGGAUGUACAGCGGAUUUUGUUGAUUGAGAAUGAUUGUCCGCCUACAGGGUUGUUGUAUUAUUACCAUCCAUUCAAUUGUCAUUACUACAUUUUAUGUUUUACUGGAGUAACAUUCAUCAAUGACUGUGGAAUAAACUGUCCAUAUAUUAAAAACACCACUCUGCUAGGUUGUAUGGUCUGUGAUUUUCCUGACUGCUAGAUAACAGACGAACUGUCACAUAUGAUUAUUGCACGUUUUACAAAGAACAAACAUAUAUUUUUAUGUUUUAUUACGUGAAGAAGUGUAUGAUAUAUAACAUGCACGCUGUUCUUAUAAUAUGAUAGAUGUGUGUUUUUAAAAUACUCAUGUAUAAACACACGCACGUACACAUGCACGUACAAAACUGUAUGCAAGCAUGCACAUAUACAUACACACCGUUGUAUUCGUGUCCGAUAGACAGUUAUCUCCUGUCUUACGUGUAAUUCCGAUCGUAACCUCCACUUCAAGGAGUGUUUGUCUCAGGCAUUUGUAUGAAUUUCAUUUCAACAAUGAAGCUAUAGUUAAUGUAUGUUCUGUUCCAUAAUAAGAUAUGUGACCAUGUGGUUUCCAAUAUGCCGCAUUUAUUUGAUACAUUAAGUACCUGAAAGGCGCACGAGCGUAGUUUGAUAACCAUAUAUAUAUACAUGUAUAUAGGUUAAUUUGUUUGUCUUGCCAUAAGGUGUAUUUAGUGUGAGUAUAAACUAAAUUGUUUCAUUUAUUUAGGCUGUAGGUACAAAAAUGUUCAUUAAAUGUGUAGGUAUCAAGAUCAUUCAUAUAUAUUGGUCAGUUUGUAGGUCUUGCCACAAGAAUUGUUGAAUGCGAGUAUGAACUAAAUCGGGUCACUAUUGCGAGCUAGGCAAUCUGGAUCGUACGGACGGGCGGACAAACAGACGAACGGACAGUUCAAUCGCUACAUGCCCGGGGGCAAAACAUAACUAUUCCUAGGUGACGCCACAUGCAAUAAAUUCGUCACAAGUUAUUGGGGAAAAACAACAAGAUAAAGUUAAAUAUUCCCGCUUGGGGAACUUAUUUCAUAACUGUUUAGCGGAUUGAUUGUUGAAUCCAUUGGCUUUAACAAAUUUUUUUACAUUAUUUCAGUUAUUCAAUGAACUAGUGUUCUGGAUUCCGCGACUGUUUAUAUACGUUCUAAACAUGUACCUGACAAGUGGAGGACAUAUAAAGCACUGUUUUCUCUCUAAAUAACGCGCAUGGGCAUUGAACACACGGCCAUUUCAUUUACAGUCUUGUGCCCAACCUAUUGGACAGGCUUGAUGUAGGAAUAGUGUCUAAUUUAUAAGCACUUUUAAUUAAAUACGGAUGUAAGGGAAUAACCACUUGACAAUAUGAGAAACAGAAUGUAUAAACAUUUAGCGUAAUACUAUUAAAAAUAGUAUUCUGAUUCAAAUUAUUCUUUAAAAAUUCAUUUGAUCAAACGGAUUCCGCUUUGAAGAUACUCCUAGUAUGAAUAUUUCGGUAUUGUUUUAGCUGAUUUGUUUAUGUUUAAUACCAUAUUUUAAAUUGUAAUGGUUAUGCAACGGCGGUCAGUUACCCUAACAUACGUUUAUGGAUUCUGCUCCAGUACUGAUUUGUUCUCCGCAUGCAAUUGCCAACUUCUCCACAUGACAGAUAGGUGAAGACUAUGGCCCAAACUUCACACACAUUUGAUUUCAAACUUUACACACGAAUGACUUAAUGCUUCACAUACAAAUGCUUUCUGUCUGAGCUAAACCUUUUUAGCGAACUGGGUGGAUUUGAUGUAUAAGCGAUCGAGGUUAUGCUAUAUUCACAUGGUUUUGAUUACAUUCUUGUACAGAUUUGCAUGCUAAAGAAUUGUACCUCAUAAUAGUAGCAAUUACAUGUAAUAAAGAUUCAGCUUGCACAUCACAAUUAUGUUGUAAUUUAUCAAAAUCAUUACCGCAAUUGAUAAUAUUCGAACCUGUAUCUUCUGCAUGCCACAAACUCCGACGACCCUACUUUAUUAAACAAGUAUUCUGUAUAUGCCUAGCCUCAGUGUAGAUAUGUGCUGCAACAUUAACACGAGCCUGUGCAAAGCGUGAAUACAUAGCUUGUCGAGCAUUACAAGCUCCAGUUCAGUCGAUAUCUAUUCCUGAGAAUCUUUCACAGGUUAAAGGUGCGAAUGGAAAUACCAAGCUCCAGGGUAACUGUGUAGGCGGUAACGAGGCUCUGCCGAGUUACCGCAAAAUAGUU